CGGCACAUUCGCAGUCCCCGAAUAUUCCGGUUGUUCACUCCUAUUGUAACAAAAAUGUCUGCACCACCUGCCAUCGUGAUUCCCCCCAAUCAUACCCUGCACACGGAAACGACGACCAGCAUCCUCCUCGGCCCUGAGGACGCCUUCCUCAACCCCGCACAGCAAUUCAAUCGCGAUCUUUCGGUUGCGGUAAUCAGAUGUUGGAGCGAGGUGGUGGAUGAAGAGAAAAAGAAGAAGUGGGGCGAAAAGAGGAAGAGAUCGGAGGAGGGAGGGGUGGGAAGGAAACGGAGAAAGGUCGCUAAGCAGGCAGUCGAGGAAGCUGAAGAAAACGGAGAAGAGGUCAUGGACGCCGACGAUCACCCCACUGAUGUCAAUCAACCAGCAUCCACCACUGCUGUUUCUAGCAUCUCUGAUGCGCAACCUGCCAAUUCCGAUGCUCAAACAGCCCAUGAGCCAACCUACCGUCACCACCGCUUCACCCUACUCGAAGCCUUCUCCGCCACCGGUCUGCGCGCAAUCCGCUACGCCAAGGAGAUCCCCCUGCUCAAGUAUGUUGUCGCGAACGACCUCAGUGAGAAGGCGGUGGAGAGCAUUCGGCGAAAUGUGGAGGUGAAUGGGCUGGGGUAUUCUCUUGUGGGAACGAACGGGAAGCGCAUAGAGGCUGAAAAAGAGAUUGGAGAAAGAGAUGUUCAGAAUAGCGCUGAAACCAAUGCUGGCGCUAGUGCGAUGACGGACAAACCACGCUCUUCACCCCCCAAAGUUCGUGUGCAGCAAGGGGACGCUCGCGUAGCUCUCUACGGCCACGCCUCCAUCCCCACUCGGUACGACAGCGUCGACCUCGACCCAUACGGCACGGCCUCCCCUUUCCUCGACGCUGCCGUACAAGCGGUGGCAGACGGCGGUCUCCUCUGCGUGACAUGUACGGACAUGGGCGUGCUCGCGAGCACGAACUACAUGGAGAAGUGUUUUGCCAACUAUGGGGGUGUAGGUGUGAGAGCGGAAUACUGCCACGAGGCUGCUCUGCGUCUAGUGCUACACGCUAUCUCAACCAGCGCAGCUCGAUACGGGCGCACAAUUACCCCCCUGGUGGGCCUCAGCAUCGACUUCUAUGUACGAGUAUUCGUGCGCAUCCGUACCAGCCCUCUGGAAGUCAAGCAAGCUGUGAGCAAGACAGGGACGAUAUACGUGUGCUCCGGCUGUCAGUCGUGGAGGGUCCAACCGCUGGGAAAGUACGUGGAGGAUCCGGGCAAAGGGAGAGGAAACAAAUGGCGCUUGGCGCAAGGCCCACCUGAGGGGAUGGGUGACCGGUGCUCAGAGUGCGGGGAGAAGUGGCACGUCGCCGGCCCGAUGUGGAUCGGUCCUCUGCAUCAGCGCGACUUUGUCCAGCGCGUGCUAUCCCAUGUACAGAAAGAGGGCGAAGAGCGAUACGGCACCUGGCAGCGGAUGAAGGGCAUGCUCACCGUCGUCUCAGAAGAACUGGUCGACACGCCCUUCUACUUCCUGCCCAGCACCGUUGCGGGCCUGUUUCACUGCACGUGCCCGAGCUUGCAGCAGGUUGUGAGCGCGCUUUUGAAUGCAGGACAUGAGUGUACGCGCAGCCAUGCGUGUGCUGGGAGCAUCAAGACCACCGCGAGCAAGGAGGAGGUGCACGAUGUGUUCAGGAGCUGGAUCAAGCAGGAUCAUCCUGUUAAUAUGGGGAAGAUUAAGGAGGGAUCGCCGAGCAUUAAAUUGCUCCAAAAGGAAAUCAAAAAAGAGGCGGAUUUCACCACUCACCCUAACUUCCACGCCAAUUUCACUGGCAUUAAGCUCGUGCGCUAUACUGCAGAGAAGUGGGCACCAGGCUCGCGGUCAAAGGUAUGAAGGGCAUAACGAUAAU